CGCCACAUCUCUUCACUCAUUCAACGAGUCGGAUCCCCACUCCCACCUCGGUUUAAUCCAACCAACCAACCAACCAACCAAUCAAGCCAUCGAUCAAUCACAAACAUGCCAUCUCCACGCUGCCUCGCCCUCAUCAUCGUCCUCGUGGCAAUCUGCUCGCUGCUGCCACAGGUGACACUGGCGGCGGAAAACAACAUCAUCACAUUCCAGUCGCUCGACUCGGCGGACCGCACGGUCAUGUUCACGAGCUCGGUCGGCAAGGAAGAGCUGCCGACGAUCUCGGUGCCCGCGGGCCAGUCGGUCGACGUGGUGCUGCCUCACGGCUGGAUCGGAAACUACCUGGCUGUGGUGGACGGCGAGCAUCACGUUCCCGGCUCGGGUGUGAUUGGCGAGGUGGCCUUCAACGCGUUCGAGGACAAGACGUAUUUCGACGUGUCGGCCAUCGACGACCCUGGCGACGAGCAUGGCAUUCGCAUGCUGUGGCCUGCCGGCGAGGACGGGAAUACAUCGGGCUGCUGGGUUGAAUUUCCCUGUGGCAAUGCCUAUACAGAGUCCGGCGACAAGCAGACGAGGGUCACGGCAGAGAAGCACCUGAUUGCGAUGUUGGGGAGGCCGCCUGCGAGGGAAGAAGAGGACGACGUAGCCGGUGGUGACAGAGAUGGUUUUGGGAGAGAGGGGCUAGGGGAUUCGUAAUGACAGUCGCUGGAGGGAAAAAAAAAGAUGUUGAUUGCCUUGGUGGCUUUUGUAUUACCCCCCUGUGUUGUAGAUUAUAGAAUGUUGAAGUGACGGAAUAUUUUGACCUACUCCUUUCUACUGUUUGCCAAGCGAUUACUGGUCCGUAC